UAUUUAUUUAUUUAUUUAUUUUUUCUAUUUGCAGUUUGGUCUUCCAUCAUGCGCGAACACCCGAGUUCAACACUCGUUACCACCCGCAAACCCUUGCCAACACCACCAGAUUCCUCCAUCAUAAUCCUAACACAUCAGAAGACGGCCAAUACAGCAGCCCCCUCAUCUGCCAACGCUGCAGCCGCCGCCGCUGCCUCCACUACAACCAACAGCCAAAAUCCACUCUUCGACAGCGAUGCUGAUCACAAGCACAAAUUUGCCUGGGACAUGGACUUCGCCUACGGUUAUCCCGUCACUCAAACAACAGUCAAUCAGAAGCCUCACGCCGAGACUUUCCUCAGCGGUCCGCUUGUCUUCCGCGUUCGCCCUGAUGGCACUCCAGUCGAGGAAGAUCAGCACAAACCUCUGCCACGCGAUGAAGAUUUGGAGGCUUAUCAAUUGAGUAGCGCUGCGGCUGGUAGGGGGGGUGCCGCUGCCUCCACAGCAGCGCCAGCCGUCAGUAGUGGCCAGCCUAAGCAUCGCAAAAUUGCUAUGAUCAGUGAUCUUAAGCAGCAGCACUUGGCUUCGAUGGCGUUGCAUCGUGAUUUGCAGCCACCUUACCAACAGCAACUGCGCAUCCGUCGGCAGCAGCAGCAGCAACAGCAAAACGUGGCCGUAGCUGGGCGUGCGUUCCCAUUUGGCGGUUACUACUACGCUCAGGGCCAAGCGUAAAAAUCUAUCAGUAAACGUAAACUUCAGAUAGAAUAGAACUGAAGUGAGAAUAUUUCUAAACACACAAAAAGGAUAAUUUCAAUUAAUAUUCGAUAUGUAAUUCAACUGUUCGUCGACUAGUUUUCGUUUAAUGAUUAAUCGUCUAAAAAUAAUUUGUGAUAAUUAUCAGAUUAUCGAACAGACGCAUUAACUGAAUCGAAUGGGAGUCGGAACGAAAUCACUUUGUUUUCUUAAGCAACUAAAGAGAUUUUUACCUUGAACUGAAACCCAGCUCAACCGCCGUUUGCCGAAAUGCUCACUACACAAAAACACUUUUUCCUGAUUAUUUUCUUUUCAUAACUGUUUAGCAUAGGUAGUAAAAGUGCUGGUGUGUAUGCGUUUUGUAUUUGUGUGAAUGUAAAUACUUAUAGGUUUCAUUUAUACUACAUUCUUAGAUAUAUUUUAAAUUUAAAUUUUAAUUUUAAUAUAAAUUUGACUAACGAAAUUUCUUAUUAUCGUAGAAUAAUAUUCGUUAAUCUAUUAACAAAAACUUUGA